AAAAUGCAUAAAUAAACAAACCCUUCUCUUCUUUGCCAAUUCCCCAAAUCCUCCAAAAAAAAAAAAUGGAGACGUUAUCGAGAAGCCUAAGUAGGAGCUUAGGAGAGUUGUUAGCGAGUAAUAGUAAUAACCAUUUCUCAAGGAGAAGCGGUUCAACGAUCGAUGAUCACAUUCACGACGAGGAAGCUCUUAAAUGGGCUGCUCUCGAGAAACUUCCAACCUUCGCUCGUCUUCGUACCACUAUCAUUCAUCCUCAUGAAGACCUCGUUGACGUUACCAAGCUCGGUGUCGAUGAUCGACAGAAGUUCAUCGAUUCUAUCUUUAAAGUCACAGAGGAAGAUAACGAGAAGUUCUUGAAAAAGUUUAGGAAUCGAAUCGACAGGGUGCGGAUAAAGUUACCGACAGUGGAAGUGAGAUUCGAGAAAGUAACGAUAGAGGCGAAUUGUCACAUAGGAAAAAGAGCUCUUCCCACAUUACCUAACGCUGCUUUAAACAUUGCAGAGAGAGGUCUUCGUUUGCUUGGUUUUAACUUUACAGAGACCACUAAAGUAACUAUCCUCAGAGACGUCUCGGGUAUUAUUAAACCUUCACGAAUGACACUUUUAUUAGGUCCACCAUCAUCAGGGAAAACAACUCUUUUAUUAGCGUUAGCUGGAAAACUAGACCCAAGUUUAAAGGUGAAAGGGAGAGUAACAUUCAAUGGGCAUGGAUUGGAAGAGUUUGUGCCACAGAAAACAUCAGCAUACAUAAGCCAAAACGAUGUUCAUCUUGGAGUCAUGACUGUUCAAGAAACUCUUGAUUUUUCUGCUAGAUGUCAAGGAGUUGGCACUAGAUACGAUUUGUUAAGUGAGUUGGUGAGGAGAGAGAAGGACGCAGGGAUCUUGCCGGAACCGGAAGUGGAUCUCUUCAUGAAGUCCAUUGCAGCAGGAAAUGUCAAGAGCAGUCUCAUCACAGACUAUACUCUGAGAAUAUUAGGGCUUGACAUAUGCAAAGAUACUGUGGUCGGAGAUGAGAUGAUUAGAGGAAUCUCGGGUGGUCAAAAGAAAAGAGUAACAACAGGAGAGAUGAUAGUGGGACCAACAAAGACAUUGUUCAUGGACGAGAUAUCGACAGGUCUAGACAGUUCAACAACGUACCAAAUAGUGAAAUGCCUUCAAGAGAUUGUCCGGUUCACGGACGCAACGGUUCUCAUGUCCUUAUUACAACCAGCUCCUGAAACGUUCGAACUUUUUGAUGACAUCAUUCUAUUGUCGGAAGGCCAGAUCGUGUACCAAGGUCCACGUGAUCAUGUUCUUACCUUCUUUGAAACUUGCGGUUUCAAGUGUCCCGACCGCAAAGGCACAGCAGAUUUCUUGCAAGAGGUAACUUCAAGGAAAGACCAAGAACAGUAUUGGGCAGAGACAACAAAACCAUACAGUUACAUUUCUGUCUCCGAAUUCUCCAAACGAUUCAGAACCUUCCAUGUCGGAGCCAAUCUUGAAAAAGAUCUAUCAGUCCCUUACGACAGAUUCAAAUCACACCCCGCUUCUCUCGUCUUCAACAAACACUCUGUUCCAAAAUCUCAACUCUUCAAGGUCUGUUGGGACAGAGAGUUGCUUCUCAUGAAACGUAACGCUUUCUUUUACGUUACCAAGACUGUUCAAAUUAUCAUUAUGGCUUUGAUUGCGUCGACCGUGUACCUGAGAACGGAGAUGGGUACAAAGAACGAGAGUGAUGGAGCCGUCUACAUUGGUGCGUUGAUGUUCUCCAUGAUCGUUAACAUGUUUAAUGGAUUCGCGGAGCUUGCUUUGAUGAUUCAGAGACUUCCCGUGUUCUACAAGCAACGAGACCUUUUGUUUCAUCCUCCUUGGACCUUCACUCUCCCAACAUUUCUUCUGGGAAUUCCUAUCUCCAUCUUCGAAUCCGUUGUUUGGGUCAGCAUUACUUAUUACAUGAUCGGAUUUGCUCCAGAACUCAGCAGGUUCUUGAAGCAUUUGUUGGUGAUAUUUCUGACACAGCAAAUGGCUGGUGGUAUAUUUCGAUUCAUUGCGGCAACUUGCAGAUCGAUGAUUCUUGCUAAUACGGGAGGAUCUCUAGUUAUCCUCCUCCUCUUCUUGCUUGGAGGGUUCAUUGUUCCUAGAGGUGAGAUACCUAAAUGGUGGAAAUGGGCUUACUGGGUUUCACCAAUGGCUUACACUUACGAUGCUUUAACUGUCAAUGAAAUGCUUGCUCCUAGAUGGAUGAAUCAACGGUCUUCGGAUAACUCGACGAGGCUAGGGUUGGCUGUUCUUGAGAUUUUCGAUAUUUUCACGGAUCCAAACUGGUAUUGGAUCGGGGUAGGAGGCAUUCUCGGGUUUACGAUUCUCUUCAACAUCCUCGUUACCUUAGCUCUGACAUUCCUAAACCCACUUGAGAAACAGCAAGCCGUUGUUUCAAAAGAAAAUGCAGAGGAAAACAGAGCAAAAAACAGAGCAGAGAAUGGCUUAAAGAGUAAGAGUAUUAGCGCGAAAAGAGGAAUGGUUCUACCUUUUACACCUCUCACAAUGUCUUUUGACAAUGUAAACUACUACGUCGACAUGCCUAAGGAAAUGAAGGAACAAGGAGUUUCCAAGGAUAAGCUUCAGCUACUAAGGGAAGUGACAGGGGUCUUUAGGCCAGGUGUACUAACAGCUUUGAUGGGAGUUAGUGGAGCUGGUAAGACUACUUUAAUGGAUGUUUUAGCGGGUAGAAAAACCGGUGGAUACAUCGAAGGAGACAUCAGAAUCUCCGGUUUCCCUAAAAGACAAGAAACCUUUGCAAGAAUCUCUGGUUAUUGUGAACAGAACGAUAUCCACUCACCACAAGUCACUGUCAAAGAGUCUCUCAUCUACUCUGCUUUCCUUCGUCUCCCAAAAGAAGUCACUAAAGAUGAGAAAAUGAGAUUUGUGGAUGAAGUGAUGGAGCUAGUAGAGCUAGAGAGUCUAAAAGACGCGGUGGUCGGGCUUCCAGGGAUCACAGGGUUAUCAACAGAACAGAGGAAGAGACUUACAAUCGCAGUGGAAUUAGUGGCGAAUCCAUCUAUAAUCUUCAUGGAUGAGCCAACCUCUGGUCUUGACGCAAGGGCUGCAGCGAUUGUGAUGAGGACGGUGAGGAACACAGUUGACACAGGAAGAACUGUGGUCUGCACAAUCCACCAACCUAGCAUUGAUAUCUUUGAAGCUUUUGAUGAACUUCUGCUUAUGAAGAGAGGAGGACAAGUGAUUUACGCUGGUCCUUUAGGUCGAAACUCUCACAAGAUUAUCGAAUAUUUCCAGGCGAUUCAUGGAGUUCCAAAAAUUAAAGAGAAGUAUAAUCCGGCGACAUGGAUGCUAGAAGUGAGCUCAACGGCUGCAGAGGCCAAGCUUGAGAUAGAUUUUGCUGAGCAUUACAAAACAUCAUCCUUAUAUCAACAAAACAAGAAUCUUGUAAAGGAACUAAGCACACCACCACAAGGAGCACGAGAUCUCUAUUUCUCUACACGGUUUUCACAAUCAUUGUUAGGACAAUUCAAAUCUUGUUUAUGGAAGCAGUGGAUAACUUAUUGGAGAACUCCUGACUACAAUCUAGCCAGAUUUUUCUUUACAUUAGCUGCAGCUGUCAUGCUCGGAUCAAUUUUCUGGAAAGUUGGCACAAAAAGGGAAAAUGCUAAUGAUCUUACAAAGGUUAUUGGAGCAAUGUAUGCUGCGGUUUUAUUCGUGGGCAUAAACAAUUCCUCAUCUGUCCAACCGCUAAUAGCUGUGGAACGAAGUGUAUUCUAUAGAGAAAGAGCUGCUGAAAUGUAUUCUGCUUUACCUUAUGCCCUAGCACAGGUGGUAUGUGAAAUACCGUAUGUGCUGAUCCAAACUACAUAUUAUACACUAAUAAUAUACGCAAUGCUCUGUUUCGAAUGGACAGUGGCCAAAUUCUUUUGGUUUUACUUCGUAUCAUUUGUCUCCUUCCUCUACUUCACAUACUAUGGGAUGAUGACAGUUGCCCUCACCCCGAACCAGCAAGUCGCAGCCGUUUUUGCCGGAGCUUUCUACGGACUUUUCAACCUCUUUUCUGGUUUUGUCAUCCCUAGACCGAGAAUUCCGAAAUGGUGGAUAUGGUAUUACUGGAUCUGUCCAGUGGCUUGGACUGUGUACGGAUUGAUUGUUUCGCAGUACGGUGACGUGGAGGAUACGAUUAAAGUUCCGGGUAUGGCAAAUGAUCCGACGAUAAAGUGGUACAUUGAAAACCACUAUGGAUACGACGCAGAUUUCAUCGUCCCGAUUGCUACCGUUAACAAUGGGCACAAUUCACGCACGUGUCCAACGCGUGGUGGUGGCACGUGCGGUGGAAGUGGCGGAGGAGGAGGAGGAGGUGGUGGUGGAGGUUCUUGUUCCUCCUCCGCCGUGAAGUUGUUCGGCGUAAGGUUAACGGAUGGGUCGAUUAUUAAAAAGAGUGCGAGUAUGGGUAAUCUCUCUGCAUUGGCUGUUGCGGCGGCGGCGGCAACGCACCACCGUUUAUCUCCGUCGUCUCCUCUGGCGACGUCAAAUCUCAAUGAUUCGCCGUUAUCGGAUCAUGCCCGAUACUCUAAUUUGCAUCAUAAUGAAGGUUAUUUAUCUGAUGAUCCUGCUCAUGGUUCUGGGUCUAGUCACCGUCGUGGAGAGAGGAAGAGAGGUGUUCCUUGGACUGAGGAGGAACACAGGCUAUUCUUAGUAGGUCUUCAGAAACUUGGGAAAGGAGAUUGGCGCGGUAUUUCGAGAAACUAUGUCACUUCAAGAACUCCUACACAAGUGGCUAGUCAUGCUCAGAAGUAUUUCAUUCGCCAUACUAGUUCCAGCCGCAGGAAAAGACGGUCUAGCCUAUUCGACAUGGUUACCGAUGAGAUGGUAACCGAUUCAUCGCCAACACAGGAAGACCAAAGUCACCAGACCUUAAAUCGUUUCUCUCCAAUCAAGGAACCUGAAAACAAAAUCUACCUUCCUUCACUUGAGCUCUCACUCAAUAAUACCACAGAAUCUGAAGUGGUCGUAGCCACGGCGCCACCACAGGAAAAAACUGAAGAAACUAUAGAACCAUCAAACGGGGUUUCACCAAUGCUAGUCCCGGGCGGCUUCUUUCCUCCUUGUUUUCCAGUCACUUACACGAUUUGGCUCCCUGCGACUUCCACUUCACUUCACGGUACAGAACAUGCCUUAGAAGCUGAGACUUCUUCUCAGCAGCAUCAGGUCCUAAAACCAAAACCUGGAUUUGCUAAAGAACGUGUGAACAUGGACGAGCUGGUCGGUAUGUCUCAGCUUAGCAUAGGAAUGGCGACAAGACACGAAACCGAAACUUCCCCUUCCCCUCUAUCUUUGAAACUAGAGCCCUCAAGGCCAUCAGCGUUUCACUCAAACGGCUCAGUUAAUGGCACAGAUUUGAGUAAAGGCAACAGCGCAAUUCAGGCGAUCUGAAAAGUCUUUGUUAUUGUGUUAAAGAAUGAAGAAGGAAGUCCCUGAACAGAUUAAACAAGAGGAUGUUCCUGGUUUAGGAAGAAACAAUCUAAGGCAUA